UUGCUUGAGCAGAUGCGGGGGCGGGGUAGGCAAGGGGCUGGGCUCCCUCCCGAGGCGACCCCGCUGGGACCUCGGCCGCGAGCGCGGCGGGGCCGGGAAUCGUAGUGGCAGGAAGCUGCGCGGGCCGGUGGCUCCAAGACUCCACCUGCAGCCACACCGCCAGGUUCUCCACCUCUCCGCCUCGCUCACCCGCAUUCACACAUACACUCCGCAGCUCUCCUGUGGGUCGGAGAAGACGCAGCCAAAGGAGGCGGGGUUGCAGAAGGCGAGUCCGCUCUGCGCAAUCCAGUCCGGGACUUGGCUCCGCCCGGGAGCGGCGGCCUCUCCGGUGACAGAGGAGUAGUGAGCGGCACGGGGUGAGGUUGCAGCCAACUCCGCUCCCCGCGCACUCGGCUGCCCAGGCGCUCGGGACUCAGCAGCGGCGCUUCUCCGCGGGGCCGCCCGCCCGCGAUGCCCGCUUAGGAGCGGCGGCAGCGGCCAGCUUCGCCAGGCCCGCAGCGCAGCGCUCCCGGUCGCAGAGCGGGGCUGGAGUGUGCACCCCUGCCCCUGCCCCAGACCCCACCCCGCCCCCCAUCCAGAAAUGACUUGUUAAUCGGCGCAGACACCACCGGAGGGACUCACCGGAGUGGAAUCCAAGUGGAAUUUGGAUGUGGAGAGGAGUUUCUUGAACAUUUAUUCCUUCCGUGUUGGUUUUUUUCCUUCUUUCCUUUCUCUUCUCCCCUUCUCCGUCUGUCAUUGGAGAUGAACACAGCGCGUUUGCAUCCCAGAAAGUAGUCGCCGCGACUGUUACCCCCAAAGAGACAAGCACACAUGUAGGAAUGACAAAGGCUUGCGAAGCAGAGAGCGCAGCUCGCGGCCCGGAGAGCUCUCCUCGAUAAUGGAUUACUAAAUGGGAUACACGCUGUUCAGCCUGCUCCAAGCCCCGGCCGACUGCCUGUCGAUGCACCGAAAAGGGUGAAGUAGAGAAAUAAAGUCUCCCAGCUGAACUACUAUGAGGUCAGAAGCUUUGCUGCUAUAUUUCACACUGCUACACUUUGCUGGGGCUGGUUUCCCAGAAGAUUCUGAGCCAAUCAGUAUUUCGCAUGGCAACUAUACAAAACAGUAUCCGGUGUUUGUGGGCCAUAAGCCAGGACGGAACACCACACAGAGGCACAGACUGGACAUCCAGAUGAUUAUGAUCAUGAACAGAACUCUCUACAUUGCUGCUAGGGACCAUAUUUAUACUGUUGAUAUAGACACCUCACACACAGAAGAAAUCUAUUGUAGCAAAAAACUGACAUGGAAAUCUAGACAGGCUGAUGUAGACACAUGCAGAAUGAAGGGAAAACAUAAGGAUGAAUGUCACAACUUUAUUAAAGUUCUCCUAAAGAAAAACGAUGAUACUUUGUUUGUCUGUGGAACUAAUGCCUUCAACCCUUCCUGCAGAAACUAUAAGAUGGAUACUUUGGAGCCCUUGGGGGAUGAGUUUAGUGGGAUGGCCAGAUGCCCUUACGAUGCCAAACAUGCCAACAUCGCCCUGUUUGCAGAUGGAAAACUGUAUUCAGCCACAGUGACUGACUUCCUUGCCAUUGAUGCAGUCAUUUACCGGAGCCUGGGAGAUAGCCCAACCCUACGGACUGUCAAGCAUGAUUCGAAAUGGUUGAAAGAACCAUACUUUGUCCAAGCAGUGGAUUAUGGCGACUAUAUCUACUUCUUCUUCAGGGAAAUAGCAGUGGAGUACAACACCAUGGGAAAGGUAGUUUUCCCCAGAGUGGCUCAGGUCUGUAAGAAUGACAUGGGAGGGUCGCAAAGAGUCCUGGAGAAACAGUGGACAUCUUUCCUGAAGGCUCGCCUCAACUGCUCAGUUCCUGGAGACUCUCAUUUUUAUUUCAACAUACUCCAGGCAGUUACAGACGUGAUUCGUGUUAAUGGCCGUGAUGUUGUCCUGGCAACCUUUUCCACGCCUUACAACAGCAUCCCUGGGUCCGCAGUGUGCGCCUACGACAUGCUUGACAUUGCCAACGUCUUUACUGGGAGAUUCAAAGAGCAGAAGUCUCCAGAUUCCACUUGGACACCAGUUCCUGAUGAACGAGUGCCCAGGCCCAGGCCAGGUUGCUGUGCUGGCUCAUCCUCCUUAGAAAAGUAUGCAACCUCCAAUGAGUUUCCUGACGAUACCCUGAACUUCAUCAAAACACACCCGCUCAUGGAUGAGGCCGUGCCUUCCAUCAUCAAUAGGCCGUGGUUCCUGAGGACGAUGGUCAGAUACCGCCUGACCAAAAUCGCAGUGGACACCGCUGCUGGGCCGUAUCAGAAUCACACAGUGGUUUUCCUGGGAUCAGAGAAGGGAAUCAUCUUGAAGUUCUUGGCCAGGAUAGGAAACAGUGGUUUCCUAAAUGACAGCCUUUUCCUGGAGGAGAUGAGUGUUUACAACCCUGAAAAGUGCAGCUAUGAUGGUGUGGAAGACAAGAGGAUUAUGGGCAUGCAACUGGACAAAGCGAGCAGCUCUCUGUACGUUGCAUUCUCCACCUGUGUAAUAAAAGUUCCCCUUGGACGGUGUGAACGACAUGGAAAGUGUAAAAAAACCUGCAUCGCCUCCAGAGACCCGUACUGUGGGUGGGUAAAGGAAGGAGGUUCCUGUGCCCAUUUGUCACCCAGCAGCAGACUGACUUUCGAGCAGGACAUAGAGCGUGGCAAUACAGAUGGCCUGGGAGACUGUCACAAUUCCUUCGUGGCGCUGAAUGACAUUUCAACUCCUCCUCCAGAUCAUGAAAUGUCUUACAACACAGUAUAUGGGCACUCCAGUUCCCUCUUGCCCAGCACCACCACAUCCGAUGCAGCGGCUCAAGAGGGGUAUGAGUCUAGGGGAGGAAUGCUGGACUGGAAAGAUCUGCUCGCGUCACCUGACAGCACAGACUCUUUGGGGGCGGUGUCUUCCCAUAAUCACCAAGACAAGAAGGGAGUGAUUCGGGAAAGUUACCUCAAAGGCCAUGACCAGCUUGUUCCUGUCACCCUCCUGGCCAUUGCAGUCAUUCUGGCUUUCGUCAUGGGGGCCGUCUUCUCGGGCAUCAUCGUCUACUGCGUCUGCGACCACCGGCGCAAAGACGUGUCCGCCGUGCAGCGCAAGGAGAAGGAGCUCGCCCACUCGCGCCGAGGCUCCAUGAGCAGCGUCACCAAGCUCAGCGGCCUCUUUGGGGACACCCAGUCCAAAGACCCGAAACCGGAGGCCAUCCUCACACCACUCAUGCACAACGGCAAGCUCGCCACUCCCAGCAACACGGCCAAGAUGCUCAUCAAGGCGGACCAGCACCACCUGGACCUGGCAGCCCUGCCCACCCCGGAGUCCACGCCCACGCUGCAGCAGAAGCGCAAGCCCAGCCGCGGCAGCCGCGAGUGGGAGCGCAACCAGAACCUCAUCAACGCCUGCACGAAGGACAUGCCCCCCAUGGGCUCCCCUGUGAUUCCCACGGACCUGCCCCUCCGCGCCUCCCCCAGCCACAUCCCCAGCGUGGUGGUCCUGCCCAUCACACAGCAGGGCUAUCAGCACGAGUACGUGGACCAGCCCAAAAUGAGCGAGGUGGCCCAGAUGGCGCUGGAGGACCAGGCGGCCACGCUGGAGUAUAAGACCAUCAAGGAGCAUCUUAGCAGCAAGAGCCCCAACCACGGGGUCAACCUUGUAGAGAACCUGGACAGCCUGCCCCCGAAAGUUCCGCAGCGGGAGGCCUCCCUGGGCCCCCCCGCGGCCUCCCUGUCUCAGAACGGCCUGAGCAAGCGGCUGGAAAUGCACCACUCCUCCUCCUACGGGCUCGACUAUAAGAGGAGCUACCCCACGAACUCGCUCACCAGGAGCCACCAGGCUGCCACACUCAAAAGAAACAAUACUAACUCCUCCAAUUCCUCUCACCUCUCCAGGAACCAGAGUUUCGGCCGGGGAGACAACCCGCCCCCCGCCCCGCAGAGGGUGGACUCCAUCCAGGUGCACAGCCCGCAGCCCUCCGGCCAGGCCGUGACUGUGUCCAGGCAGCCCAGCUUCAACGCCUACAACUCGCUGACGAGGUCGGGGCUGAAGCGCACACCCUCCCUAAAGCCGGACGUACCCCCCAAACCUAACUUUGCCCCCCUGUCCACCUCCAUGAAGCCCAAUGACGCGUGUACAUAAUCCCGGGGGAGGGGUCCGGUGUGGAACCAGCAGGAAAGGCCAGGCGCCCGCUCCACUCCGCGAGCUGCUCCACCGCCCGAGGACCCACCAGACCACACUGGCUGCGGCCACGCGGAGGACACUAGGUCCCCUCUGGGACACGGGACGCUUCCCCACCUGGGCCCGGUGGCUUGGCGAAGGUUUGCAACGCAGGACUCACCUCCAUUCUUGUCCACUCCCCGCACACUCCACAACAGGCUGGACUCACAAAAGACUUAAGCUGUUAUCACAAACUUGAGCCAAAAGCACAUACCCCGCCCAUCCCCCCACGCGUGCGCAUGUGUGCACACACCCCCACCCCUACUCACGCACACAUGCACACACGCACGCACAGAGGUGAACAGCAACUGCAACAUUCUGUCCAUGACUGCACAGGGCGCUGCCCAACGGGGCUGCCGUCCCAACCUGCAAAACACAAAUGCAUUUUUUUUUAAAUCAUGAAUAUUAAAAACACAAAAAAAGUAAGAAUUCAUUGAUAACUCUAACUCAGACUUUAACCAAUGGCAGAAGUUUACUAUGCGCAGAUACUGUGAAAUGCCCACCAGUGUUACAGCUUUCUGUUAUAACAGAUCAAUGCCAUGUUGGGCAACUAUGUCAUAGAUUUCUGCUCCUCUCUUUUAAUGAAAUAACGUGACCGUUAACGCAAGUAACUCUUUAUUUAUUGUUCACCCAUUUUUUUCCUUAAGGAAAGGACUCUUCCACAUGCCAUCCUAUGAACAGCUCUUCAGAAAGCCCCUUGAAAGUUAAACUAUUUAACGUGAAAUCCAUUAACUGGAAUAAUUGAGUUUCUUUAUUUUUACAAUAAAUUCACUGAGUAAAUAAGUUGGA